AUGGCCCCCGUGAUUCUCGCGAUGUCUGGCCCUUUAAAAGCCCGGGAAAAUUGUGCAGGGCUAAAUGGAGGCAAAAGUGCGUUCGGCAAGUUUAUUCGAAUAAACUGCCGAAUGCAGGUAUGUGCACAUACACCUCCGUUCGCGCUGAAAUGCGAACGGAGGAGUCCACAAUGGGAAGAAGGCUUCCGUUCGCGCUUUGUGUUAAAGCGCGAACGGAGGCAGCACUGGGUGAAACAAAACCUCCGUUCGCGCUAUGUAUUGCGCGAACGGAGAGGAGUCAGUAAGGAGAGGGAGAAGGCUUCCGUUCGCGCUUUGUAA